AUGGCUUUCUUUCCAUCAAAUUUCAUGCUUCAAACUUCUCAUCAAGAUGACCAUCAUCAACCUCCACCUUCACUCAACUCAAUUAUAACCUCAUGUGCACCUCAAGAUUAUCAUGGAGGAGGAGUAUCCUUUUUAGGAAAGAGAUCUAUGUCAUUUUCCGGGAUAGAGCUCGGAGAAGAAGCAAAUGUCGAAGAAGAAUUAUCGGACGACGGAUCGCAAUUAGGGGAGAAGAAGAGAAGGCUUAACAUGGAACAAGUGAAGACACUCGAGAAAAGCUUUGAGUUAGGAAACAAGCUUGAACCUGAGAGGAAAAUGCAGCUUGCAAGGGCUCUUGGACUUCAACCAAGACAAAUUGCUAUAUGGUUUCAAAACAGAAGAGCUAGGUGGAAGACAAAACAGUUGGAGAAAGACUAUGAUGUUCUUAAAAGACAAUAUGAUUCUGUUAAGGCUGAUAAUGAUGCACUUCAAGCUCAGAACCAGAAACUUCAGUCAGAGAUAUUGGCACUGAAAAAUAGAGAACCAACAGAAUCAAUCAACCUAAACAAAGAAACAGAAGGAUCAAGCAGCAACAGAAGUGAAAACAGUUCAGAAAUCAAGUUGGAUAUUUCAACAAGGACGACACAAACAGCUAUUGAUAGUCCUUUAUCCACUCAACAACAAACAAGCAUAAACCUCUUUCCAUCUUCUUCUAGACCAACACUAGUUCCUCAUCAACUCUUUCAAACCAGUUCCACAAGACAAGACAUUAAUCAGUGCCAAAAGAUUGAUCACAUGGUUAAAGAAGAGAGUUUGAGUAACAUGUUUUCCGCCAUUGAUGAUCAAUCUGGUUUAUGGCCAUGGUUGGAGCAACAACACUUCAAUUGA